AUGCUGGGGAUUUUUGUUCUAGGUUUGCCAUAUGCUCUCCUGCACAGUGGAUAUAGUGGGCUGCUUCUUAUUAUCCUGGCUGCAGUUUUCUGCUGCUACACUGGCAAAAUUCUAAUCGCUUGCCUGUAUGAAGAAAAUGAAGAUGGGCAGCUUGUAAGAGUGAGAGGCACAUAUGAAGACAUCGCUAAUGCCUGCUGCAAAAAGCUAUUUCCGAAACUUGGUGGCAGAGUUGUCAACAUGACUCAGGUGAUGGAACUGAUCAUGACAUGCAUUUUGUAUCUGGUUGUUAGUGCGAACUUGCUGUCACAUAGCUUUCCAGCUCUACCAGUGACUGAGAAAACAUGGUCAGCAAUUGCAUUUGUGGGUCUGCUGCCUUGUGUGUUUAUCAAAACCCUCAAAAUUGUAUCUAAGCUCAGCCUCCUCUGCUCCUUGGUCCACUUUGUUAUUAUCUUUGUAGUGAUCACUUAUUGCCUCACCCAAAUGCACCGAUGGUCGUGGGCAAGAUUCAAGCUCUCUGUGGAGUUCGAGAAUAUCCUGGUUUCUGCAGGAGUGAUCAUUUUCAGUUACACAUCACAGAUAUUUCUUCCUACCCUUGAAGGGAGCAUGCAGAAUCCUAGAGAAUGCCAAUCCAUGUUGAACUGGACUCACUUCUUGGCUUGCAUCUUCAAGACAGUCUUUGCACUGACAGCAUUCCUGACAUGGGGAAAAGAAACAAAGGAGGUUAUCACUGAUAACCUUCCAUCAUCAUUACAGACCUUGGUAAAUUUGUGCCUCUUGAUCAAGGCACUCUUAUCUUACCCAUUGCCCUUCUUUGCUGCCACAGAGAUCUUGCAUGGCUGCAUAUCUCCAAGCCACGAAUGCAGUCCCAAUGCGCCAUGGCUUGCUACGGUUUUAAAAAGUUCCCUCCUCCUGUUGACUCUGCUAAUGGCCAUGUUCACCCCACAUUUUGCCCUUCUUAUGGGUUUAACUGGCAGUGUAGCUGGUUCCACAAUGACCUUCCUCCUUCCUUCUCUUUUCCACUUGAAGCUUAAAUGGGGAAAGUUAAUGUUCCUGGAGAAAUGUGCAGACAUUUCUAUGUUUAUCUUGGGCAUUUUUUGCAGCCUAGCUGGUGUUGCAUGUUCAAUAAAAGGUCUUUUGAAAAUGUUUGGAUAA